AUGCAUUGGGUGAACUUCAUGAUCAACCGUGUGUAUAAAGAAAGUGAUGCAAAGGAGCUGCUUAAGAAGAUUGAGGGUGUUUUGAAAAUGAUGUUUGAAGAGUACAAUUCCACAUCACUAUCUGGUGCAGCAGCGGAUUCCUCGUCUACUCAGACUCGGUCUAAUAUCAUUGAUGAUGUUGUCCACAUUGAUGAUUUUGAGAGAAUGUUGCAAAGAGAAAUGGAAGAAUUUGAAGCCGUUGAAGUUCAUGGUGUGUUAAAGUCUGAAUUGGAUAAAUAUUUGGAUGACGAAUGUGAAAAGAUGACUCAAGUGAGCUUUGAUAUUCUGUACUGGUGGAAGACAACAGGAUCGAAGUAUCUAACUCUUUCUCGCAUGGCUAGAGAUGUGUUGGCCAUCCCAGCAUCCACGGUUGCAUCGGAAUCUGCAUUUAGCACGGGCGGUCGUGUUGUUGAUCACUUUCGUAGUUCUUUAACUCCCAAAUUGAUUGAAGCACUUAUAUGCACACAAGAUUGGAUUCGAAAAGGUAAUCCACCCAUUUUUGAAGAAAAGGAAUUUGAAGAUCUUGAGAAAUUAGAAGAAGCCUCGCUCGUCUCUGAUCAGUGA